CUUUGUUUUCCUUUCUCAUCACUCUUGAAUUCGCUCAACUUGGUCACCUCUGCAGCUCUGCUCUUUCUCUUCAGGUAUAUUGUUUUGGAGAUGGUACGUCAUCAUCAUCGAAAUUUAUCUUCCAGAAUUGAUUUAAUAUUCAAGGGUUUCGAUUUGGAAGGUGAUUUUUAAGGGUUUUGAGAAUCAGGGAUUAGGGGCCUAUUCUUAGAAAUUAUAUCUCUUCCUAUAAAUUGGACCUCUCGUGCACAUUCUCUACAUCUUAUCUUUAGUCCAUCCUUAUUUCUUCCUUCUAAAAACUUACUUCAGUUCAAACCAUAGAGGAAUCAUCAGAGAAGUUCACCAUGGCGGAACCAGCAUCAGCAUAUACGGGACCAAAAGGCAGGUACAUAUAUCUUCCUGAUCGUAAAGUUCGUACGACACUAGACUGUAUAUAUCUUGGGAAACGGAGAAAGGAGAGGCUAAGGAAGGAAUAUCAGGAAAAGGUGGAGGCGAUUAAGCAGAAGUUUUUGAAGCAAGGGAUUAAUGUGGUGGUGGAGGAAAGCGAAGAGGAGGAUGAGGAGAAAAGCGAUGAGGUUGAGGAGGAGGUGGAAUUGAAGAAGCACACAAGGGGGGAGGAAAGCGAUGAGGAGGUGGAAUUGAAGAAGCACACAAGGGGGGAGGAAAGCGAUGAGGAUGUGGAAUUGAAGAAGAAGAAGAAGAAGAAGAAAAAGAUCAACAAUUCAGAUUGAGAGGAAGGAUUGACAAAUCCCAAGUAGUAGUUGUAGUAGUUGUAGUUGAUUGACGAAACUCUUAACUAUGAUGACUACUUUUAUCUGCCUUAAAAGUAGUAGCCGCGGAUCAUAUGAAUGAACCUCUUAUAUAUGUUGGUAAGUACCAUUUAUUUCAAUUUUAAGUUCUGUGUAUAUAUCAUCUUCUGUUAAUGCCAUGGAAUUUUGAAUUUCUACUUAUGUGGUGAUGAAA